AUGGCUGCCUUUGGAUUUCUGGACUCGUCCGAAGUUCGGACCGAAGGAAAUACAAACCUGGCACUGCGAGAUCAGCGUGUUGCUAUGCAUUGGGUGAAACAGCAUAUCAAGGCUUUCGGUGGCGACACCGACAAGAUCACUAUUUGGGGUGAAUCAGCUGGUGCAUAUAGCGUAGGCGAUCAUUUGGUUACCAAUGGUGGAGAUAACGAGGGCCUCUUCAGAGCGGCAAUCAUGGACUCAGGGAAUGCUAUCGGGCCUCCAUACAAUGGGACUGAAUGGCAUCAGCCCAUGUACAACAGAAUCGUGGACCGAGCUGGAUGCUCGAAUGCAACAAACACCCUUGAAUGCCUGCGAAAUCUCCAGUAUACUACGUUUUAUGACAGCGCGUAUGAAGGACUAGAGUGGUUUGCCACUAUAGACAAGGCGUUCAUUACGCAGUAUCCCCAGAUCAGCUACCGUGAAGGCAAAAUUGCCCAGGUUCCUAUUCUUUUGGGCACCAACACGGAUGAAGGUACUAGCUUUGGAACCACUGGAGUUAAUACGGACGAAGAAGCUAUUCAACAACUCAUUUCCUCAAAACGCUGGGUUCUCCCCUUAGAAGAAGCCACCAAUAUUUUGAGCCACUACCCUAAUACCUCUGCCAUUGGCUGUCCUUAUGGAUGGGGCAAUGUUACUUGGCCAAAACUAGGGUAUGAAUACAAACGUUAUGAGUCUAUAGCCGGAGAUGUAUGCAUGGUGGCGCCACGUCGACUACUGGCCCAUACCAUGUCCACUUUUACGGACCACGUUUACUCGUAUCGCUGGGAUGUUGCGGCUUUGAAUGAUACAACAACAAUUGGAGUCCAGCAUUUUGCAGAGAUUCCUUUCGUCUUUGCCAACCCCGUGCAAAACAUCACAUCUUUAGGAGCAGACCUACCCGGUCGGUUAGCAUUGGGCCAAAUGGCUGCACGGAUGUGGACGUCUUUUGCAGCUGAUCUAGAUCCGAAUGGACACGGAAUACUCAAUAUUCCAAAAUGGACUCGCUUUUCAUCUCAUACUGAGAACUUCGUCUUCCGUCUUCCAAGAAAUCAGAGCUAUGUUGAGGCGGAUGAUUAUCGAGUUGAAGGAAUCGACUAUAUUAACAGUAUUGCAAGGUGA